AUGCCUGCCAUUGUCAACCUCCUCUUCAACGUUGUCUACACCAACACCACCAUCUCCUUCACUGUGGUGCUUCCCAUGGUCAGCCUGAUCUCUCUCUUGGUGGGGGUCGGAGGUCACCUCUUGCUGUGGCUAGUGCUGGUGAGGAACCCACGCAGCCGCUCCAAGCCGAGCUCCGUCCUGCUCCUCAACCUCAGCCUGGCAGACCUGGGCGCCUUGCUAACCCUGCCCUGUGUGCUUCUGAGCGCUAGUUUCCAGAACUGGCAGCUGGGAGGCGGGACCUGCGUCCUCCUGGGGUUUAUGACUUCGGUCACAGUGGGAGUGGAGAGCUUCAGCCUGGCAGCAUUGUCAGUGCUUCGGUAUCGUAUUGUUGCUCCGCGGACGAGACCGCCUGCUAGUCUGACACAAGUAUUAUGCACUGUGGUAGCCAUUUGGGUGGUCUCAGUGACCAUGGCGUUACCCAAGGUGACCUACAUCGACUUUAAUGGCGGUUGCACGUGGUUAGCCGGUCAAGACGAGUGGCUGUUAUUCCUGGUUCCUGCCUUCCUGGUUUAUUAUGUAGCCCCCCUCCUCUGUAUCGCCAUCAACUGCGGCCUCAUCAUCUCUCAUCUCCACAGCUGCCGGGGGACCCUUGCCGCAGACCGCCGCAACAAGAAAGCUACAGCUCUGCUGAUUGGUUCAACACUGGUUUUUGCCAUUAUGCGGAGCAGCAGCGAGCGCUGA